GUGGUCAGUAUAUCCUCGACAGUUGUUUACUGCAGUCGUGGUCAAUCCUCGUGGGCGUACGUAAAUAUACAGACGCACGCACCGUGCAUUUGUUGUUGUUGUUGAAAAGUUUUCUACAUAGAAUCAAAGACAUUUAAUUUAAUUUUGGUAUUCUUCGUAAAAAAAACAAGGAAAAUUCUGCUGCAAUUUCCUCAGGAUUCGGUUGUGAUUUUUGACAGUUCUUGUUUGUUUUUAUAUCCAUACUUCGGGUGACAAGUUCGAAGCUCACCAACAAUAAAAUCCAUUGUGUGUAUUCAAUAAGCACAGAAUGGGUGGCAGAAAUAAGGCCGUAGAUAUAAAGCCCAGGAUGGAUCCACACGAUGACGAAGCGCCGAAGGACCCGGGAGCUCAGAACGUGGGGCCGUAUGACGAGAAGGACUUUGAAGGUCACAGGGCACAUUCGGUGUUCGUUGGUGUGCACAUCCCCGUGGAGAGGCGACAUUCUCAUCGCCGUCACAAACACCACCAUCGUUCUUCAGAAUGUAGCGCACCAGAGGAUGAAAGGCCCAGACUAUUAGUGACAAGACGCGCUCGUCUCAGUAUUUCAGAGGACGGCGAAUUAUGUACUCCGCCAGCUCAGAGGGUCCAAUUCAUUUUGGGCGAAGAAAUAGACGAUGGCACCCAGAGCCAUCCUCUCUUCUCCGAAAUGGAGGAGUUGGUCGGUGAUGGUGAUGACAUGGAAUGGAAGGAGACGGCUCGCUGGAUCAAAUUCGAGGAAGACGUUGAGGAGGGUGGAAACAGGUGGUCGAAGCCGCACGUCGCUACCCUCUCGCUGCAUUCUCUUUUCGAGCUACGCAGCCUUCUCCUCAACGGAACUGUCCUCUUGGAUAUGGAAGCAAUCUCCGUCGAGCAGAUCGCCGAUUUGGUCAUUGAUAACAUGGUCAAUGCAGGUACACUUCCAGCGGACAAGAAGGAAAAAGUAAGGGAAACCCUCCUCAAGAGACACAGGCAUCAGCACCAGCGCAAGAAGCACGUCCUGCCGCUGAUCAGAAGUUUCGCCGAUAUCGGAAGAAAUCAUUCCUCGUCUAAAAAUGGAUGUUUUAAUUUAAUGUGUGUUCAGCCGUCAAGGAAUUCGUCAUCUCUUAAUGUUCACGUUGUGGAGGAUAUGACAAGCUCGCAAAAACGAAACGGUUCUUAUAUUUCCGUUCCAGGAAAUGACAAGACACCGUCGCCCGACAGCUUGACAAAGAGUUCCAGCGCUCAAUCCAUCAGCAGGAAUCACAGCUCGAAUAACUUGGAGGGUGCCAACGGCGAUAUUCCGCAGCACAAUUUACAAUUCAUGAGGAAAAUACCGCCGGGUGCGGAAGCCAGUAACAUCCUUGUAGGAGAAGUUGAUUUCCUCGAUAAAACCGUAUCAGCUUUUAUCCGUCUGAAUGCUGGAACCGUUAUGGGGGAUUUAACCGAAGUCCCUGUACCGACGAGAUUCCUUUUCGUCCUGCUGACCCCGAACAAUGGCAACGCGGGAUACCAUGAAAUUGGAAGAGCUAUGGCCACUCUCAUGUCAGACGAGGUUUUCCACGAGGUGGCUUAUAGGGCUAAGAAUCGCAGCCAUUUGCUGGCCGGAAUUGAUGAGUUCUUGGAUGCCGUCACAGUUUUACCACCCGGCGAAUGGGAUCCUGCUAUUAGGAUUGAACCACCUGCAGCGAUACCAUCACAGGACGUCAGGAAACGACCACCUGAAAAGCCAACGGAAGAGGUCGAUGAGCAGGAGGAAGAGGCUAAGCAGCGAGAGGAGUCCGGUCUUGCACGCAGCGGUAGACUAUUCGGAGGUUUAAUUAACGAUCUCAAGCGAAAGACACCGUUCUAUUGGUCGGACUUUAAAGACGCGCUGUCUCUGCAAUGCAUCGCAUCCUGGAUUUUCUUGUACUUCGCAUGUCUCUCCCCGAUCAUCACAUUCGGUGGUUUAUUGUCGGAAGCAACAGGCAAGAAUAUGGCCGCUAUGGAGUCAUUAGUUUCCGGUUUCGUCUGCGGAUUAGGGUACGGCUUGUUCUCCGGUCAACCCUUAACGAUAUUAGGUUCGACCGGUCCAGUACUCGUCUUCGAAACUAUAGUGUACGAGUUUUGCCAAACGUUGCACUGGGACUACCUUUCCUUCAGAUUCUGGAUCGGAGCAUGGAUUGCAGUCAUUCUCCUCAUCCUGGUAGCUGUCGAUGCUAGCGCCUUAGUGUGCUACAUCACUAGAUUUACGGAGGAAAAUUUUGCUACGCUCAUUGCUUUUAUUUUCAUUUACAAGGCCGUCGAAAAUGUAAUUUUGAUUGGCAAAAAAUUCCCAAUUAACACGACCGGACUGGACGUAAUACCAUUCGAUUGCGAUUGCUUCAUAAAUGACUCUGUCAAAGAGAAUUACCCGGAGGUUGGCAACUGGUCGAACGUGAAUAAAACUGCGUGCUUGGAAUUUAACGGAACAUUGAUUGGUGAAGGAUGUUUUGCGCCGCAUUACGUGCCUGACGUGUUCCUGAUGUCGAUAAUCCUGUUCCUCGGCACUUUCAUACUCUCCGUUCAAUUAAAGGACUUCAAGAACGCGCUCUUCUUUCCGGCCAAGGUCCGUGCUUUUAUAAGCGACUUCGCCGUAAUUAUCGCAAUCCUAUCGAUGUCCCUAAUGGAUUACGUGGUGGGAAUUUCAACCCCGAAACUAGAAGUUCCACAUGAAUUGAAGCCAACUUUACCAAACCGUGGUUGGAUUGUGUCGCCUUUCAUGAACCCGAUAUACUCUAUAUUCCUGGCUAUCCUUCCCGCCCUCCUCGGAACAAUCCUCAUCUUCAUGGACCAACAAAUCACGAGCGUGAUCAUCAAUCGUAAAGAGAACAAAUUAAAGAAGGGCUGCGGCUAUCAUUUAGAUCUCUUCAUUUUAUCGAUUCUGAUUAUGAUUUGCUCCCUGAUGGGAUUGCCUUGGUUCGUGGCUGCAACGGUGCUCUCCAUAAAUCAUGUGAACAGCCUGAAGCAAGAAUCGGAAUGCGCUGCUCCCGGCGAAAAGCCCCAGUUCCUUGGUGUCCGAGAACAACGUGUCACUCACAUUCUCAUCUUCUUAACAAUCGGCUUGAGCGUCUUCCUCACUCCCAUGCUCGGCCACAUACCGAUGCCAGUACUUUUCGGAGUCUUCCUCUAUAUGGGCGUCGCCUCCCUCAAGGGUUUACAAUUCUUUGAUCGAAUCCUUAUCAUAUUCAUGCCAGUCAAGUAUCAACCGGAUUACAUGUUCUUGAGACAGGUUCCUCUGAAACGUGUGCAUAUAUUCACAUUAAUCCAGAUAGCUUGCUUGGUUUGUUUGUGGGUAAUCAAAUCGUUUAGCACAACAUCAAUCCUGUUUCCACUUAUGCUCGUUGUGAUGAUCGGCAUCAGGAAGUCAUUGGACUUGGUGUUUACACGCAGGGAACUGAAGAUCUUGGACGAUGUCAUGCCGGAAAUGAGUAAACGCACGGAGCUGGCAAUGAUCGAUGUUGAGGGCAAACCUUUGGAGAUCGAGAACUCGGGAAACCUGAAAAUACCGUUGGCCAAUGGUAACGUCAUGAAUAUUCCCCUAUCGGCGAUCAACAUCAGCGAGGAGGUCAACAAAACAGGCAUAUGGAAGCAGGUGAACCAGUCCAACAAGCGCGAAAAGGAGAAGGAGAAGAAGAAAAGUCCGCACAAGGUGUCUGGUCGCUUCAAGAAGAAGAAACACAGCAAGAAAGAUGAUAAACCGAAGGAACGCAACAGAUUGGAGAAACGGUUGAGCACGAUGGAUGAGGAAGAUGAGGACGAGGGCAUCACUAUUAAGCUUACAUGUGCAACGGAAAAUGCGUGAAGUUUGGCUUGUGGAUAAAUCGAAAUGCAAUAACAAAGAAGAGACCUGCGUAUAAAUGCGAUAGUUUAUACAUCAUUAUUAAACAGAAUGGCUGUGUGCAAAUACCAAAUUAUUAACCAGAUGAUACUAACCAAACAGAAUGAACGUAUGCAUCAUUUUCAUAUAAUGCAGAGUGUGUUUACCUUAAUAACUGCAAUAGGCUGAAAUUGCGUUGAUCUCACAUUUAUUUAUUACAGUUUUUUGAUUAUUUUUUUUGUUGAUUUAAAGGCCUAAUUUGUAUAA